AUGGAGGGGAUUGGAACACCUGAAUCACAUGAUACGGAGGGGAUUGGAACACCUGAAUCACAUGAUUGGGAGGGGAUUGGAACACCUGAAUCACAUGAUAUGGAGGGGAUUGGAACACCUGAAUCACAUGAUUGGGAGGGGAUUGGAACACCUGAAUCACAUGAUUUGGAGGAGAUUGGAACACCUGAAUCACAUGAUUUGGAGGGGAUUGGAACACCCGAAUCACAUGAUUUGGAGGGGAUUGGAACACCCAAAUCACAUGAUUUGGAGGGCAAUACUUUUGGCAAUAUAGAUGUAUAUGGAGGG